AUGUCGUCGUCCGCCGAAGCGCCGUGCGAGGCGGCGCCGUGGGUGGUGGGAGUGACGGCGCGCGCGCCGAGCAACAUCGCGGUGAUUAAGUACUGGGGAAAGCGCGACGAGGCGCUUGUGCUGCCGCUUAAUGGCAGCGUGAGCGUGACGCUCCACGUGGACCAGCUAGCCGCCGAAACCACCGUCGCCGUCAGCCCGUCGUUCACUGCGGACCGGCUCUGGCUCAACGGCAAGGUGCGUUCCGUGCAGGUCGUACCUGUUCAUGGCAAGGUGCGUUCCGUGCAGGUCGUACCUGUUCAUGGCAAGGUGCGUUCCCGUACAGGUCGUACCUGUUCAUGGCAAGGAGGUGGCGAUGAGCAGCCACCGCUACAGCAACUGCCUGGCUGCCCUGCGUGCACGCGCCUCCUCCACGCACUGGCGCCUGCCCGCUCCAGGGACCACACAGCAGGGCGGGCAGGGAGGGGGCUAGCAGGAGGAGGUGGAGAUAGGAGCGGGGCAGUGGCAGCAGCUGCGGGUGCACGUGUGUUCGCCCUGGCAGAGCUCAUGGGAGUGAAGGAGGCAUACCCGGGGGAGCUCUCAGCCAUCGCCAGGAUGGGAUCUGGCAGCGCGUGCAGGAGCCUGUACGGCGGAUUUGUCACGUGGGACAAGGGCGAGGUAAGACAAUCAUGGGAGAUGGGGAUGAUGAGGGCGAGCCUCAUGCCUCGUGUGUGUGCGUCUCCUCUCCUCUCCCACCGCCAGCUAGAAGACGGGAGCGACAGCAUGGCGCGGCAAGUCAAGGCAGAGGACCACUGGAGCGACCUGGUCAUCAUCAUUGCAGUGGUGGAGGAGAGGGAACAUUGGCAGCAGCAGCGAGGGCAUGAAACGGUCUGCCCAGACCUCCAAGCUGCUGCAGUUGAGGGGUCAACUGGCAGCCCCUUUUCCCGCACCCCCCUCCUCCCCUCCUGUACCCCCCCUCUCCCCCCUCCUCUCCUGCAUCUCCCACAUGCACAGGUGGAGGAGAGGGAGAAGGACAUUGGCAGCAGCGAGGGCAUGAAACGGUCCGCCCAGACCUCCAAGCUGCUGCAGCUGCGCGCUGAGCAUGUGGUACCAGAGCGAAUCACAGCAAUGGAGGCAGCCAUAGCUGCUCGCGACUUCCCCUCAUUUGCCCGCCUGACCU